AUGCAACAAGUGCAUUGCAUCAGAGGACCUUCGCUUGCGUAUGCCAUUUCGCUCGAGAAACGCCUCCAAGCAUUCGAGGAUAGAUUUGAAAGGCUUUGCCUAAGUACGAGCACUGAAGAGCGCGAAGCCUUGAUUCCGAAGCCCUUCGAGAGGAUCAAGCCAGAGCGCGCACGACGUGCUUCGGUGGACACACGGCAGCCGAAGGAUAGGCUCGACGAGGGUGAGGAUGUUGAUGCCACUGAGUCACCGCCACUUAUACAACGUGAAUCGCCCGAUGAAGCCUCGGUAGGCGUGGACGGGCGCAUCUGCUUCUAUGGCAAGACAAGCCACUACCAUGUUGAUCUUCGGGGGGAUGAGGACGACGAAGGUAUGGCAGAACAAGGCGGACGGCAUACGACAGACCAAUACCAACACAUCUCGACCGCAUCCACAAUCUACACCACGCCAGAUAUAAAUGCACUCACUUAUUCACCUGGGCCACCGGAAGUCCUGUCUGAGAUACCCAAUGAAUUCCUGGACCACCUGCUCGACGCAUACUGGUGCUGGGCCCAUCACCUGCAUUUGGUCCUCAACAGGCGAUUAUUCUUGAGGGACCUGUUCGUUUGCGGGCCGUGGGUGACACCAUUUCUGAUAUGCGCCGUACUCGCCCAAGCUGCACGGUAUUCGACGAGGCUCGAAUCCCCAAGCUUGGGGAAUCAUUUUGCGGCCAGAGCGCUGCAGCUGCUUCCCAAUGAUAUCGACAGAGGGAGCUCGAUCCCCACAAUACAAGGCCUGCUGAUCCUCUCAGCGCGGGAAUGCGGCUGUGGAAGGACCUCGCAAGGCUGGCUGUAUUCUGGCAUGGCCUUCCGCAUGAUGCGCGAUCUUGGGAUCCACAUUGACUCCAAGCAGAUGAGCUAUCUGGCCCGGCAGUUUUCCGAGGAAGAGCUCGCACUUCGACUGCAGGUGUUUUGGAGCUGCUUCACGUGGGACAAAACCAUGAGCUUAUGUCUUGGCAGAGCUCCAAUCAUCCAUGACACGCUCGACCUUCCCUCCAAAGACACCCUGAUUGAUGGCCAGGUGACAGACGAUGAGCCAUGGAGACCAGUGCUGGGACAGGAGCAAGAAUCCAUGGCAGCCUUCACGGAGCAGAAAUCGCUCGGGAGUGCCCGAUUCCGCGCAUACUGCAAGUUGUGCGUCAUCAUCGAUGGCGUGUUGGGUAGUCUCUAUUGCCGACCUCACCAGUCAAAGCAAGACCACCUGCUGGCUUUUCUCGAGAACACCAUCCAGAAGCUUGAAGACUGGUCAAGUACUCUUCCUGACGGUCUCUUCGUCUCGAUCGGAGAUAGAGCCGUUCUCUGUCCGCCUAUCCAUAUCCUGCUCCUCAAUAUGACAUAUCAUGCGACGAUGAUACUCUUGUGUCGACCUUAUCGAACACUGUCCCGGAGAGCAAGGGAUCUCUGCACAACAGCCGCCCAGAUGAUCGACUCGCUGUUUACUCUGCACGUGCGUCGUUUCGGCUUCCGGUUCAUCACGUACCUGCAGACGUAUACCAUGUUUGUUGCCUGCACAAUCAACGUCCUUGACCUGAAGGAGAACGAAUCGAGUAGCCGAAGCAACAGCAAUGGCUUCGUCUUGGCUCAAGAAGCAAGUGUGAGGUUGAAUUUUGGCCUAGAAGUGCUGCGACAAGCUGGUGCGACACCUUCAGCCGCAAGGUGUGCUGCAGUCAUUUUGCAGCUGCUCAGGCAGUGGUCGGACAAGAAGGUGGUGCGAGGCGCAAUCCAAAGCUCGCGAGACCAUCGUGGCCAUGGCAUUGUCGCUUCUCCACUCCCAAAGCUGCCAUCGAGUUCGUACGAACUGAGUGCGGGUGUCGCAAUCGAGCUUGCCACAGGACCAGCCCAGACCAGUGGGAGCUCCCCUUCCCAUGCGCCGCCGGCAUCGGAUUCUCUUCCGGUUUGGACCCCAGAAAUUGGCAGCAGCAACCCCCAGUUCCAUGCAUCCCUGUCGAGUGCAAAACAACCACAAGUACACGGGCAGACCUCAAACAAGGCUCCUUCGCUCAACGUACCGAACAGUACGGCAUAUCAGUAUGACGGCCACGCGAGGUUGCAACAGUUGGGGCCAAAUGGGAGUCCCUACACCAAUCCCAGCAUGUCGGAUUUUGUCGACACGGGCAUUGAAACUCCUAUGCGGUGGUUGCCUGACAAUAUAGUCGACGACGGCAGCUGGAUGUUGAUGACAGACUUUGGCAAUGGCUUCCUUGAGGUAUGA